AGUCAACUAUUCUACAAAUACGAAUUCAAUUACAGCUCAUAAAUAUCAAUAUGUCCCAAUCAAACGUCGGAUAUCCUUCUUCAUAUGAAGGCGGAGAUCAGCGCCACUAUAGCAGGGAGGAAGUUCGUGAGGAGGGUCGCACGCACCCCAACGUCAACAUCGAGGGUUACCUACACAAAGAGGGAAUUAUGAAUGAGCUUCGAGAGGCCGACACCAACAGAAUCAUUGAAGACCGCAUGAAGCACGAACCAGGCUUCGCAGCCACCAUGCACGGCAACAAACCCUCUCGGGGUGCCGAAAUCGAUGCCGAGCUUGCACGAGACGAUGCAGAACAGCUUGAAAAGAAGAAGGGCAAGACAGACAGCAUGCCUGGAAAGAAGAUGGAACAUAACACCAGUAAGAGCGAGUGAAAGUAGCAGAUGGAUCAGGAAGAGGAGGAGGCUCGUGCUAAGCAUAGCACUCGUGGAACAAACAAGCAUGAAGGGCAGGGUAUGGAGUAUGUUACUCGCAAGAACCACAGUAGCCGGGAGUAGAUAUUGAUAUAUGUUCCACUAUCAAAUGACACAGCACAUGUUUUUGAAAG